AUGCAGCUGAGCACUAUACAUAGCCACCUUCGCUCAAGGCAAAAGGCUUCAGUACUUGCAGCGCUUUUCCUUUCCAAAAAUGCCUAGGAGUUUAAUUAAACUUCUGGUAUAAACCAGCUGGCGGGAGACACCACCUUAUCAGCUUGUUGACUGCUUGCAAUUCCAAGUGAAGAUGGGUAUCCUGGCUGUACUAAUUCUCCCACUGCUUGUGGUUGGAAUCAGUGGAGUUGUAUAUAUUUAUCGGACAGUUCUUCAGCUGAUGUCAAAAUCUGCUGUGCGGAGCAAAGUCGUAGUAAUCACUGAUGCUCUCUCUGGUGUGGGCAAGGAAUGCUCCCGAGUAUUUCACGCAGGUGGAGCCAGGCUAGUUCUAUGUGGCAAACAUGUGGACAAGUUAGAAGAUCUCUAUGAUGCCUUAAGCAGCGUGGCUGACCCUAGUGCUACAUUUACACCGAAGCUUGUCCUUCUAGAUCUCUCUGACAUAAACUGCAUCCAAGAUGUAGCUAAAGAAAUCCUGGAUUGCUACGGCUGUGUGGAUAUACUCAUCAACAAUGCUAGUGCGAAAGUGAAGGGUCCAGUGCAAAAUAUCUCACUGGAACUUGACAAAAAGAUUAUGGAUGCCAACUAUUUUGGACCUAUAACACUCACCAAAGCUCUUAUUCCCAACAUGAUCUCCAGGAGAACUGGACAAGUCGUGCUAGUCAACAACAUCCAGGGGAAAUUAGGAGUCCCUUUUCGUGCAGCCUAUGCUGCUUCCAAGCAUGCUGCCCUGGGAUUCUUUGAUUGCCUGAGAGCAGAACUGCAGGAAUUUGGUGUUUGUGUCAGUACUGUGAGCCCAAGUUUCAUACGCUCAUACAAUUUUCAACCACUGCCUAGCAACUGGGAGGCCUCCGUGUGGAAAUUCUUUUGCAGAAAACUGGCUAACGGUGUCCACCCAGCAGAGGUGGCAGAAGAAAUUCUGCGAACAGUGAGCAGGAAGAAACAGGAGGUGUUCAUAGCAAAUCCCAUUGCAAAGGCAGCAGUUUACAUUCGUACCUUCUUUCCAGAGUUGUUUUUUGCUGUCGUUGCUGCUGGAGUGAAAGAAAAACAGAAAAUAGAGGAUGAAAAAUGAUUGCACCUAGUUCAUCUGCCUUGGCAAUAGGGUUGCCAGAAGCCCUCUGUUUUAUGGGCUGAUCUAUUGGGAAGCUAAAACCAGGUAUGCUAGGGGAAGACCAAACAACUCCACAUAAAACUGAAACAUUUCUUAUUUGAGGAUUUGGAGGCAGUGGAGUUGGGAAUGUGAGUCUUCUCAACUACCAUUAAAGGUGCACUCCUGGGCUAUGGAACCACAAUCCCCAGGGUGCCUUGCGAGCCAUCAGAAAUCUCUGUGGCACUCCUUGGUCUCCUGGGAGUUGUAGUUACAAAAGAGUUCACAGAAGGCAUAAACUGUGUGAAGAGGCUAUGCAUAGUGUGUUGGCUUUUCUGGUCUUAGCAGUCGUGGGAGCAGGGAGCCCUAAAUAGAUACAGACACAGGAAAUGGGGAGGCUCAGACAGCAGAGAGAAUCUGAGAAAUUGUUGAAGGGUGAGGAGAUGGAGUGUGUGGGGUGAGCGUAUGGUGCUAGUUUGAUAAUAGAGCAUGGAGGUUUUAGAAAGAAGACUAGAUUUGGUGUAGAGGAAAUACUUAAAGGAAGUGCAAAGCAGGUGGUUUGGCAACAUUUGCUAUUGCGGUUGUUCUUUUGAGCAAGUAUCCUCGUUCCCAAGUUCAAAACCUCAGGAUUAUUUUGAGAGUUUCUAGUGGGGUUUGAUUUUUAUAAGGUUUAGCUAUAAAGAAUUAAGCAAAUAUCUGGAAUGGGGAAGCAUUGAAUUGUUUUCAAAAUGUA